UGGCCCAAUAUCAAAAUUUUGUCUUUGAGGCAUGGUAAGACUAUAAGAAAGUUUUACCCUUGUAUCAUUGAAGGGAAGAAUUUUGUCAUUAACAGUUGUAGUACACUGACACAGCCGAGCCACAAAUUGGUAAUUAUGGAACGAAAACCAUUAAAUGAAAUAUUUUACCAUAGAGUGGGUCACAGUGAUAAUCUUCUUGAGACAAUGUACAAGUCGUAUAAGGAAAGUAAUUUAUGUGACAUUACUCUUAUUGUUAGUGAUGGUGAGAUUAAGACGCACAAAUUGAUUUUGAGCUCCUUUAGUUUGUAUUUUGAAGAUCAUUUUCACUUUACUAAACUACAACGACCCAGUGGUCAUGAAGACGAACCUCGUGAUGUUGUCGAUAUCAGUAACUUUAAUAAAUCUACCAUUGAAUGCAUCAUUGAUUAUGCCUACACAGGCAAGAUGAAGUUCACGAAGCUAAACGUUAUGCCUGUAUUAAAAGCGAGCGAUUACUUUCAGUUGCAAGACCUCUCUGAUAUUCGCAAGUGGAUUGCCAAUGACGAUUUCAUUCAAGAAUUUAUUGACGAUAGUAACUUUCUAUCGUGGCUUGUUUUUGCUGAAAAAUAUCAAAUGGCUGAAUUGUUGGAAAAUGUGUUGAUGCCUAAAGUAGCAAAACGUUUUUAUAAAAUAGCACAAUCAGAAGAAUUUUUUUCUAAAUUAGAUGUAAACCUUUUGAAGCAAAUACUUCAAUGCGAUGCUGUUGUUGUUGAUUUUGAAAAAGACUUCUUGCCAUCAGCAGAAGUGCAAGAAGAUUUUAUUCUUGAAGUUGUGCUGAAAUAUGUUUCUUUGAAUGCAAAAAGUGAUAACAUUGAUAUUAUGUUGAGUGAAUUGUUGCCUGGAUUGUGUUACCAUUCACUUUCAUCUCAAUGUAAAGAAAAAUUUGAGCAAUUUAUUUCACAUAACAAAUGUGAUGGAACCAUGAAAGCCAUUAAACAAGCAGAAGAAUCUGGAGCAAAUGAAGGGGCAGAUGAUGAUGCUCCAGCAUUAUGGAGAAGUGAACGAAAUUACAGUCAUUUAGUUUUCAAAUGCCAUAAAAUCCAUGCAGGUAAUGCUCAUGUUGGCCCUGAAAAAGAAAAAUUUGGAAUUGAAAUGGGGUUUACCAAUUUGUUUAUUACUGGAAUGAAAAUUGUAACCCGUCUUUGGGAUGGUCGCCAUGUAAUCGGUGGAAUAAUGGUUUUUUACAACAACUCAGAGGUUGAAUUAUGUCACUAUGGUAUGAGUGAGGAUGAAGGCAUUAGUGUAUAUGAGUUUCAUUUGAGUGAUGAUGAGAGAAUUGUGAAAGCUGAAAUCAAUUCUGGGUGGAUGAUUGAUCGUCUUAAAUUUAUAACAAAUAAAGGAACUCCAUUUGGUCCAUAUGGUGGCAAUGGUGGUUCAUUACACGUGGAGAAACCUAGGAGUGACUAUGGUUACUUAAGCUUUCUGAAAGGCAGCGUUGUAACAGCACAACACCAACUUGCCAUAACAAAGCUUGAAUUGUGUUGGGGAGAGUAUUCACCAGAUAAUGCUCAUGGUAAAGAUAUUAAUGAUGAUGGUUCUCUUGUUGCUUGUAAUGGAGGUGCAAUUGUUCUUGAUGAUAUAGAUGAGGACAGCAGUGAUGUUGACAGUGUUUCUGAUAGUGAUGUUGACAGUGUUCCUGAUAGUGAUGUUGACAUUGAUCAUGAAAGUGACAGAUAUUAAGUUACAUUCUCAGGACUCUGUUAACCUGGAUGAUCUACAUCCACAAACAUGUAAAUUUGCUCAUGCUAAUUUUUCAUCUUUAGCACCAUUCAUUUCUUUAAAAUCCAUUUUUUACAGUGACUGAACACAAAUUAUUUACUUAGCAUGCACAAUUUUGUGGACUUGCUAUGCCAAUAGACAUGUUCAUUUUUAAAAUCAGCAGUUUAAAUUACUAUGUUUGGAAUUGAAUGAAUGGCUUGAUUAAAAUUCAAAACAUGGUUGUCACACCAAUCAGAGCACUACUUCACAGGUGUUAUGUUAUUAUAAAUAAGUAGUAUGUAUUUUAAAAUAUUAAUUUUUUGUUACUGAUAAUUAUGCCACAAUAAAUAACAACACUUUUUAAUUCUAUGAAAA